GUUCCAGGGCGGAGUUCUGAUUAAGAAAAUUGGCUGUAGCAUGUAAGCCCCAAGAAGAUCCAAAGUAUGUUAAGUACUUUGCAUUCAUUCUGUUUGCCUUCUGGCCUUUUUGGCAGCAGAAUUACUGAUCACUCUACAAGGGCACAUGAUCCUGAAUUGGAAGAAUACUUUUCGGAGUGCACACUGUUCUGUCCCAACUGGUCAACCUGUCUAGAAUGGUACUUUCUGGAGUUAGAUUCUGAAGCUUUGUUCUCUCUCGGGCUGAUCUGCUCCAAAGGAUCUCUGACUCUUCUCCCACUGAUGAAGAUUGGCUUGGAUUCAAAUCCUGCCCACCAAACUGUCAUCAGUCUGCACCAACACAGUAUGAUAGAACUUGAUGGAACUCACCUCUUGCAUUCAAACUGGCGCUGAAAACUUUGGAUAGCGUCCAGACAGCAACCAAGAGCUGAGGUCCUGCCUCUCAUCCCAUUUUCAGAAACGUUCUGCUGAGAAGUAUUCUCCAGGUGGUUCUGCUCUGGCUGGAAGAAGCAGCUUUUGUGUUACCAGGGAAGAAAGGGCAGAGGGGAGAGUUUCAAAAGACAAGCGGCUCCCAGAGCACACUCCAUAGUUCUAGAUGUGAAUCAAUCCCAUGAUGCAACAUGUCUCCCCAGCACCAGCUCUGACAAUGAUGGCCACACAGACUGUACCCCCUCCCCCUUAUCAAGAGAGCCAGCAGAUGACUGCCACAGCGCAACAGCCGGCGAAGGCACAGCCUGUGCACAUCACCACACCCUCGGCCGCCGCCAACACUACUCUUCCUAGCACUCCUAUCGACCCUCAGGCACAGCUGGAGGCUGACAAGCGGGCUGUCUACAGGCAUCCUCUAUUCCCCCUCCUGACGCUGCUGUUUGAAAAGUGUGAGCAGGCGACGCAGGGCUCCGAGUGCAUCACUUCCGCCAGCUUCGAUGUAGACAUUGAGAAUUUCGUACACCAGCAAGAACAGGAGCACAAACCAUUCUUCAGUGAUGACCCUGAGCUGGACAACCUGAUGGUAAAAGCCAUUCAGGUACUGAGAAUUCAUCUACUGGAGUUGGAGAAGGUGAAUGAAUUGUGCAAGGACUUUUGUAAUCGUUAUAUCACCUGCCUCAAAACUAAGAUGCACAGUGACAACCUACUCAGGAAUGACCUUGGGGGACCCUACUCUCCAAACCAGUCCUCCAUAAACCUACACGCACAGGAUAUGCUGCAGAAUUCUCCCAACUCAAUGACUGCAGUAUCUGGCAACCCCCAAGGAAUCGUGGUACCUGCAUCAGCACUUCAGCAGGGGAACAUCUCCAUGACGACGGUCAACUCACAAGUUGUGCCAGGUGGAGCCCUUUACCAGCCUGUAACUAUGGUAACGUCUCAGGGCCAGGUGGUAACCCAAGCAAUCCCACAGGGGGCUAUACAGAUCCAGAACACGCAGGUUAACCUGGACCUGACCUCUCUUCUUGACAGCGAAGAUAAAAAGUCAAAGAACAAACGGGGAGUCCUGCCGAAGCACGCCACGAAUAUCAUGCGCUCCUGGCUCUUUCAGCAUCUUAUGCACCCUUAUCCAACAGAGGAUGAGAAAAGACAGAUUGCGGCACAGACAAACCUCACGCUCUUACAAGUCAACAACUGGUUUAUCAAUGCCCGCCGACGUAUUCUGCAGCCCAUGCUUGAUGCCAGCAAUCCUGAUCCAGCCCCCAAAGCAAAGAAGAUCAAGUCUCAGCAUCGGCCCACUCAGAGAUUCUGGCCCAACUCCAUUGCUGCUGGUGUGCUGCAGCAACAAGGAGGAAAUCCUGGUACUAACCCCGACGGCUCCAUAAACAUGGACAACCUGCAAUCUCUCACCUCAGAUAACGCCACCAUUGCUAUGCAGCAGGCUAUGAUGGCUGUUCAUGAUGACUCACUGGAUGGGACAGAGGACGAGGAGGAGGAUGAAAUGGAGGAGGAGGAGGAGGAGGAGGAAGAGGAGGAACUGGAGGAGGAUCCCGAAGAGCUCCAGACAACAAAUGUUAGCGACCUUGGCCUGGAGCACAGUGACUCACUGGAGUAGCACAUUGUGGUCUGGCAGUGGAGCCAGAUGCCUUCGGAGAAACCUUUCUCGCCUCAAUCAUUGACCUGAGGAAUUGUAAACAGAGCUUGAACUUUUACCAUCUGAGCUCCACACCUCUUUAAAGACGUCAUUCAAGUUCAACCAUGACAGCCCUUCCUGAGUGUCUCCCUGGUUUGCACCCUGUUGCAGGAAUGGGGACACAAAGGCACAUUCAAGAGACAUGCCGAAAUGUGCAAAUGGAUUAUUUAAGUGAAGGACACACGUUUACAAGGCACAUAUUGUGGCCAGUUGUCCCCCCACCCCCCUUUGUUUUUGAUAAUAACAAACAGAAGUGUUUUUAGGGUAAGGCGUUUUCUGUAUGACUGAAUGUUUUAUGGAUGUUCUAAUGCAAAGCCUUUUCUGUGACAUGCAGUUGAGAGGCAGGUCUGUUUUCAUUUUCACUGCUUUUAUGAGAGAUUUAUAGAUGCAAAAAAGAGAGAGAGAAGAUUGAUGGUUUUUUUAAAAAAAGAAGAGAGUAAAAGGCUGUAACGGUUAUAAAUAUCUAACUGCAGGGGGGGAAAUCAAAAGUUUGCAAGCGUGCAAAAAUUUAACAAGUGAGCAGUGAGAGAUGCUGGACCCAAGUAGACUCCUGGUUGCAUCUGAGGAACUGGAUUCCAGGACUUCAGGAUUCUCACUAGCCAGUGUCCAAAUCCCAAAGCUUAGAGAGGGGCCGUGCCUUGCAGUUAUUGCAACUGAUAGGUACCUCACUGCGAGCUGACCCACUUUGCUCGGGAACCGCCAAGCUUUAGACAUCUGAACGGAAUGCCCCAAUUGUAACACCUGGGGUUUGAUUGCCUGUUGUGAGUUGGCAAGCCCAGAACAAAUGCCCCUGAAUGAUUAUGUUAAUUGUUUAGUGGAUCAUAACGAUGAAAAUUAACGUUUAUGGCUUUUCUAUGUUAGUUGAGAAUGAGCAGGCUCAGAUUUCUAGCUGUUGGCGAAGUGGGAAGUCAUUGCCUCUCCAAACUAUGGAAUACUUUCUGGAUCAGAGUGGAAUUACUAGCCAGGGGGUAAGAUAAAUGCCCUUUUUAUGUCCUGUCCCCAGAACUGCCCCGUUGCCACAUUUUUAUCCCAUGAAGUUUUCAUCCCGCUCCAGACACCUCCAAGAAAACAUUCAUCUGGGUUCAUUCUAUAUAUUCAUGACUGGGAUGAGAUCCACAACAGUUUUCCCAGUUGUCAUUUUGUCUCACAAGAGCUGCAGAGGUUCUAAGCACAUGUUAGAGUGCCCAGGUAGAGAGCGCUUUAAUUCAUAGGAGCAAUGGCUAUGAGACCCUAAGGCUGUUACAUUCAGUGGCUUGCCACGUGGAUUGUGCCAUGAUCUCUGUGUUGCCUCAGACAAGUUUUGGGUUGUCGGUUUAUAGCAGGGGGAAGGGGGGGGGGGGAAAUCAAGCAAUCCCCAUAAAUAGCUCAACAUAGCCUUAAGACUGUCUUUUCUUGCCUAAGUUGAAACCUAUUCUUCUUCCACCCCCAAAGCUGCUAAAUGUGGUAUGUAAAAAUAAAAAGUUUUUUUUUAAUUUCAAAUUAAAAACCCCUUGCGACCUAACUAUUAAAUCCUGUCAAUCUGGUACAUGCCCCAUUUCUGAACAGUCAUUUUGUUCAUGGCCCAGGCACUCAAGGGCUCCCUGCCAUCUCAAAUGGCAGAUCUAAAGCCAGCAAAGGAAUCUAUGCAUGGAGGGUAAACCCCUUUGUGCUGUCUUUGCCAUAGGGAAAUAUAGCACCUGCACUUUCCUUCCGAGAAGCAGGGCUACUCCCAUAGUAGAAAGCAGUGAGCAUCAUUUUGCUAUCAGCAUGGAAACAUAUUGGAACAUGCUUAUGCAGACACAUAAAAUUCUAAAACAAGUCUUAUGAAACUGUUCUUGAACAUAAUCAGGGAGGUCUGAAAUCUCAAGGGUGCUUCAGGAAUUAGUUAUUGCCAAUCUUUGUAGAUUGACUACAGUUUGAUUAUUUGAGACUCCGAACAUGGAAAACUAUUUAGAGAUUCUAACAAACUGGUUUUCACCCCCGUUUAAACAAUCAAUGAAUUAUUCAGUGGGUGUGGGAGGUGCUAGCUAGAAUGUAGGAGAUUAUUCUCUGCAGAGCCACGUCUGGGCAAAGAUGUCCAGUGUUGAUAUUCUCCAAAAUCCACUCUACUACCUCCUCCAGCCGUCUGUUCUAGGCUUGGGCCUUUCUUGACCAAACCAGUGUCUGCUACUAGUCUGCUACAUGGACGGAGCCAAUCUGGGCAUACUCUUCAAUCAGCUCCCUCCAUUAAAUGAAUGUGUGACAUUUUGCCGGCAAGAAACUCCAUAGUUCUUUUAAGUCCAGAUGCAUCAUUCAGGAGUGUAUAUAUGUGGCAUCUUCAUCCACUACUGAUUUUACUGGGAAUUCAUCCACCAAAUGGGCACAGCAGGUCCCAGAAUGCUGGAAGGGAACCCUAGAGAAUCUUUUUGUGGCCACCACACAGAAUCUUCCAAUGCAGGUUGCUGCCGAUUUCGUCUAGCCAUCAUAGGCCUCUACUGUGAAGCAUAAAGGGGUAAGAAAAGAACAUUUCACCUCAGCAAGGUCAGUGUGAUGGAUAUUGUGUAUAUUCAGUGUCCUUCCAGCCUAUUGCGCAGGUGCAUUUGUGCAAUGCAAUCCUGGCUAGGUUUACUCAGACACAAGCCCUACUUCGGUGUGCUUAAGACUGAGCCCUUCAAACGCUGAGCCUCAGUGAUUACAAGGACAGAUGCAACAGUGGGUGCUGGACUAAUUUUUCACAGCUUCCCAAGCCUGGGCUACAAAUUCGUCAGAACAGGGUGGUCAAGCGAUGCAGCACUUGCAGAAACUUCUGCCCAAGGAGGGUUCGCUGCCAUCCCCUAGGUGCCCACUGCCCCUUUUCAAGAAAUCAGAGACUGGAAUGAGGAGAAGGAGCUAUUAUUUCUGAUCAAGUCACCUUUUAGGCAACAGAUGGAGAUGGUGAGUUGCAGCAAGCAAGCUUGGAUCAGUCAGGGAGAGAAGAGACUUGGCUGAGAGCAUUUUUUGCCCAAGGGCCCCAAAACCUGGAACCAGCAGAGGGGGGUGGCAGGUGGAGUGCUGGAAAGGGUUGAGUACAGCUUAAGGUGGAGGGAGGGGGUGCAACUUCUUUUAAUAUGACCUGAAAGAGAUGAGUUUGAGAAACAGAACCCUCAAUCCACUGCAUUUUUUUUAAAGUGACAGGCAAACUGCAGAGGCCAGUGCACUUUCUCACCCCAGGACGCUGCCAUCUCACUUCCAGGCUGUUCUGUUGCCUGUGUAUAACACAGCCUUCUAGCCAAGAUCAGGAUACAGGGAAAGGGCCUCUUAAGCAAAAAAACCCGGGAACAUUUUCAGGCUGACAGCUCAAACCACCAUUUCACCAUAUGGCAACCACGUCAAGAGCUAUUGUUUCUCAGAAAGGCUGAAUUCCCUAAAUUUCGGAGCCCCUGGUACCACCAUCCACGUGGGAACAGCUACAACCAGCCAGCCUUCCCAUGGGCUAGCAUGGUCGGUUGUGACUUUAAAAGGCCACGCUGCUUGCACAAUGGUCUUGGCCGAAUGGCAGGGUCACUUCACUGCCUGGAAGGACAUUUCCCCCUUGCGGCUGUUAACUUCCUCCCAGUCAAGCAGGAGAAAGAUUGAUCUUAUAAAUAUUGUUCUCUCUUCUGUCACUUAAAUUUAGCUCCUUUGUUCCAUACAUUGUGCUCAGGAAAAAGACUCCAGUAUCUCCCCCCCCCACCACCACCACCACCACCCCCUUUCCAAAGGGAAGACAUUAUUCAUCAUCUUGAGAACAGCAUUUAGAGGUCUUUGGAUCAGCACAUUUUCUACCCGUCCCUGACAUGAAUGUAUUUUUCUCUGGAAGCAGCUGGUGUUUAAAGGGUUGGCAGAGGUGGGGAAACUCCUAUAAUCUUAUUUAUAACAGUCAGUGUUACUCAAUCUGUCUGUUUUAGUGGUUGCUUUUUAUAUGUCUCCUUUUGACUACAAGAAGAGUCACUUUUGCAAAGUAAAACCAGGCAAUAGGCAGGUUCCCAGAGGCAGUUCAUCUUUCUCAAAAAACCUACCUGUGCACAAAUGCCACCCCUUUGCUAAUGUUUUUGUUCAGAGCCCCUUCCUUGAUGCAUCAUCUAAACUUCCAAGGCAAAGUUUGUGCCUGUUUGACUGUUUUCCUUCACCUUUGAAGCUUUAUUUUCCUAUAAGAAUUAAUUCCUGUCUCCUCUCUCAUGAAGCACAGUUUUCAAUUUGCUCCUCCUUUUGGCUCUUUGAGGAGUUGAGAAGUUUUAAUGAAUUGCUUUACAUUAAGGGUUGAUAUCUACAAAUAAUUCCUUGGGAAUGUAUUGAAAUAUCAGUGGGCCCCUAAGAGCCCAUUUUGGAUACGGAUAUGGCAUGAAUGUAAUAUGUAAUUUCAUAGAAAAAAAUCAUUGUAAUUUAGUAUUCAUGUCCAUUUAUUAUAAAGUGCUACCAGAUGAGGUUUUCCAGCUGUAUUUUAUUGUGAGUUUAUUUAUAUGUUCUUGUUAUACAAAGGAUUAGGAAUAAAGAAUAAAAUAGUAACCCAAA